AUGGCUGGUCUUGUUAAAGCUAAAAAAUACGACUGGAAAGAUAGCAAUCUUUCUCUAUUUGGAUCUGAUCUAGAAAAAAAUGUAAAGAAAGCUUCUGCUGAAACUGAACCAGCUUGGAAAGAAGCUGGUAAGGCAGUGGGUCUGCAAAUAUGGCGAAUUGUUAAAUUCAAUGUAACUUCUUGGCCCAAAAAUCAAUAUGGUCAGUUCUACAAUGGAGAUUCCUACAUUAUCCUCAACACCUACAAAGAGGAAGGCAACGAUGAACUUCUUUAUGAUGUCCAUUUUUGGAUUGGACAAUAUUCUACUGCUGAUGAGUAUGGUACUGCAGCUUACAAGACUGUAGAGUUAGAUACUUUGUUGGAUGAUAAACCUAUUCAACAUCGUGAGGUGAUGGGACAUGAAUCUGAUCUCUUUAGAAGUUACUUCUCUGAGAUCACUCUUCUGGAGGGAGGUGCUGACAGUGGCUUCUACCAUGUUGGACCAAAAGAAUACCAACCACGUCUUUUUCACUUCCAUGGAGUGAAGAAAAGUAUUGAAGUACGAGAGCGUCCAUUGAGUAAGAACUCUCUUGACAAUACAGAUGUCUUUAUAUUGGAUUUGGGAGAGGAGAUUUACCAAUGGAAUGGUGAAGAAGCUAACAAAGAUGAACGAUUCAAGGCUUCUCAAUAUCUCACUAAACUCAAGAGUGAUCGUGGCAAAUGUAAGACUGAGGUUUACGGUAAGCAUACUUUACCAGUUGUAUGAUAUAGAAUUCAUUUAUCUGUAGCUGGUGAUGAUGAUGAAUGGGAGAAGUUGGUUGAUAAGUAUCUUCCAGAUGUACCCAUUGAUGAUGAUAGUGAAGUAAGUUUGUUCAUUGCUGAUACUGGUAAAGAGUGCUUUGUUUGGGUGGGCAAAGGAGCCAGUCAGAAUGAGCGACGUCAGGCUAUGAGUUAUUCUCAUCAAAAAGACAUAAACUUUGAGUAUAAAUCUUUCUAG